GUUCAGGCUCUACUCAGUGGAAGUGAAGCGACACUGACAACUCUCAGAGCUGAUCGGCAAAUCCGUUUGACGCCACGAUGGAUCUGUUCCCUGGUUCGACAGCAGCUGAGACUGUACGGAAAGUAGCUGCAUCUCUGGGCUGCAGUCCCACCUCCGCUCAAGUCGCCGACUUCUUUGACAAACACGAUGAACUACAUCAUCUAAGAGAGCAGUUUUUGGUCCCCAAAAUUGCCGAUUUGCCUCCAUCAUUUUGCUUUUGCACCAAAGCGGACCUGUCACUGGUGGAUGGCUCUAAGGAAUGUUCGUACCUGGCUGGGAACUCUCUCGGGCUGCUCCCCAAAUGCACCAAGACGUACCUGAAUCAAGAGCUGGACAAAUGGGCCACACAUGGCGUCCAUGGACACAUGCAUGGGGCUCGACCUUGGGCCUGGACAGAAGAUCUCUUGGAGGAGCAGAUGGGCCAGAUGGUUGGAGCUAAACAAGAAGAAGUGGCGCUGAUGAAUGGUCUGACAGUCAACUUACACCUUCUCAUGCUUUCCUUCUACAAUCCCACGGCUGUGCGGCACAAGAUUCUCCUGGAAGCCAAAGCUUUUCCGUCGGAUCAUUAUGCCGUCGAAUCACAGAUCCGUCUGCGAGGAUUCAACCCUGAGAAGAGCAUGUUGUUGAUCUCACCCAGACCGGGUGAGGUGACCCUAAGGACGGAGGACAUCUUGGACGUGAUCAAGAAAGAGGGCGAAUCCAUCGCUGUGGUGAUGUUCAGCGGUGUUCAGUACUACACGGGCCAGCUGUUCAACAUGGAGGCCAUCACCAAGGCAGGCCAGAAGAUGGGCUGCUUUGUGGGAUUUGACUGCGCUCACGCCGUCGGAAACGCAGAGCUGAAGCUGCACGACUGGGGCGUGGACUUUGCCUGCUGGUGCUCUUACAAGUAUAUGAAUUCAGGCUGCGGCGGUCUGGCCGGGGCCUUUAUACAUGAGAAACACAAGCACACUGUCAAACCUGCGCUGCUCGGAUGGUGGGGUCAUGACCUGAAAAGUCGCUUUCAAAUGGACAAUGUGAUGGAGCUGAGACCAGGAGUGAGCGGCUUCCGUCUCAGCAACCAACCUGUUCUGCUUGUCUGCCCGCUGCAGGCCAGCUUGGAGAUCUUUCAAAUGGCCGGGAUGGCGAAGCUGCGGAAGAAGUCCCAGUUGCUGACUGGUUACUUGGAGUUUCUGAUCCAGCAUUACUACGGAGAGAGUGCAGCAAGAGAGGGGCGGCCUCAUGUCCAAAUCCUGACGCCCUCCGACCCCGAGCAGAGGGGCUGCCAGCUCUCUCUAUCCUUUUCACUGCCCAUCAAAAAGGUUUUCAAGGAGCUGGAGAAAAGGGGGGUUGUGUGUGACAUGCGGGAGCCAAACGUUCUGCGGGUGGCUCCAGCGCCGCUCUACAACACCUUCAAAGAUGUCUACUUCUUCAUCGAAGCUCUGGGAGCCUCUCUCACGGCCAGUGAAUAGAGAGGGGAUACAGGCAUGGGCAAAGUAUGGCCCUUUAUAUGGCCCUCAUGAGAGCACAGCAAAACUACAAAAUGACAUUUA